AUAAGAAGAAACAAAGUGCUGCUGACCAUCUGAGAAGACACAGGGAUUUGCAGGAGGGAAAAGAAUCUUGGAAUAGAAGAAGACGAAAGAGAAGUAAGAAGGCAGGAAACCAGAAGCAGAUGAAAAAAUCAGUUUCCUUUCACAGGAGGGAUUGCCCUGAAAUCCUCGUCAUAGAAAAUUUACAAAAGGGAAGAAGAAGGAGUAAAAACCGUCAGAGUGGGAAAGGGUCUGGGAACAAGUCGAGUCCUAAGAGAGAUCAGAGAAUUCUCACAAGGGAGAAACCAUAUGAAUGCUUGGAGUGUGGAAGGAGCUUCAUUCGGAAGGCCAGUUUAGCUUCACACCAGAGGAUUCACACUGGAGAGAAACCAUAUGAAUGCUUGGAGUGUGGAAAGAAUCUUAGCUGUAGCAAAAGCCUUACUAUUCACCAGAGGACUCACAGAGAGGAGAAACCGUAUGAAUGCUUGGAGUGUGGAAGGGGUUUCAUUCGAAGGUACAAUUUCGUUUCACACCAGAGGAUUCACACAGGGGAGAAACAAAAGGGAAGAAAAAGGAAUAAAAGUCCUCAGAAUGAGAAAGGGUCUGGCAACAAGUUGAAUCCUGAGAGAGAUCAGAGAAUUCUCACAGACGAGAAAUUAUAUGAAUGUUUGGAGUGUGGAAGGAGCUUCAGUCGGAAGGACAAUUUAGCUUCACACCAGAGGAUUCAUACUGGAGAGAAACCAUAUAAAUGCUUGGAGUGUGGAAAGAGUCUUAGCUGUAGCAAAAGACUUACUAUUCACCAGAGGAUUCACACAGGGGAGAAACCGUAUAAAUGCUUGGAGUGUGGAAAGAGUUUCGGUUGCUUUAGAUACCUAAAGGUUCACCAAAGGACUCACACAGGGGAGAAACCAUAUAAAUGCUUGGAAUGUGGGAAGAACUUUAGUCAGAGCACAGGCCUUAUUUAUCACCAGAGAGUGCACACAGGGGAGAAACCAUAUGCAUGCCUGGAGUGUGGUAGAAGAUUCAGUCGGAUGGACAAGCUCAAUUGUCAUAGAAGGACACACACGGGAGAAAUUGCUUAGUUUGUGAAAAGAGCAUCAGUCAUAGCUCAAACCUUACUGUUCACUACAGACUCCACACAAAAGAGACACCAUGUAAAUGAAGAUUUCCCCAGUCAUGUGGUAGUCAUUGCUUUCAUCGAAGGAGACACACUGGGGAGAAAUUGUAUACAUGCUUAUUAUGUGGAAAGUGCUUGACUAGCAGAAGAAACCUUUCUUUUCACCAAAGAAGUUACACAGGGGAGAAACCAUAUAAGAGUAUGAGAAAACCUUUAGUUUGAGAGGAAGCCUCAAUUAUCACCAAAAGGUGCACACAAGAGAAACCACAUAAAUAUUCCAAGUGUUGAAAGUUCUUUAUGCAUAACUCAUGCCUUACUGUUCACUACAGGCUCCACACAAA